AUGGCGCCGAAUCGCGGCGAAGACGAUGUAGAACGUCUAUCAAGGACCACUAAUGAAUAUCCUUCAAGUUCCAUGAUUGAACAUGCGCGGCGUCCUUCCGAAGCCUAUGUAAACCUCCAUGCAAAUGUUGAAGCCAAAAUCAAGAACCCUCUGUGGGGACUUCCGCGAGCAAGACUCUUGGCUGAUGUUGACGACUUCUGCCGCAAGAAAGGUCUCGAUGACUAUCGUGCUCUCAUCCGCAAGGGCGCUCUUGUCGCACAGGACCCAACCGGCUAUGAGGAUAUCGAGGGGGACGAAAAGCUAAACGACCAAGAGAUUCAAGCGCUCAGAGACGAAAUUCUUCAUAAAUGGCGAGUCCCAUUUGUUCUGUAUUUGACCGUUGCGACCUGCUCUAUCGGUGCCGCUGUACAAGGAUGGGACCAGACAGGCUCAAACGGCGCCAACCUUGAGUUUCCUUAUGCUUUCGGUAUUGGCAGCGAAAGCAUACACGACAAGCUACUUGUCGGUCUCGUCAACUCUGCCCCUUAUAUCGGAACAUCUCUCUUUGGCUGUUGGCUCUCGGAUCCUCUCAAUGCACGUUGGGGUCGUCGUGGCACGAUAUUCUUCUCGGCAAACUUUUGUCUCUGGCCUGUUAUCGGGAGUGCUUUCAGCAAUAACUGGAAACAGCUUUUUGCGUGCCGUAUACUUCUCGGUAUUGGAAUGGGCACCAAGGCUUCAACAGUCCCUAUCUUUGCCGCCGAGAACUCGCCUGCCCCAAUUCGAGGUGCCUUUGUCAUGAGCUGGCAGAUGUGGACGGCUUUUGGUAUUUUCCUCGGAACGUGUGCAAAUGUCGCUGUAACGAAGAUCGGCCCAAACGCAUGGAGAUACCAAUUAGGUUCGGCCUUUAUCCCAGCUGUCCCCUUGAUGUUUUUGAUUUACUUCUGCCCCGAGUCGCCACGUUGGUAUAUGAAGAAGAACCGCUACCGCAAUGCGAUGAAAUCGCUGUUACGCCUACGGAACCACCCGAUCCAAGCCGCCCGCGACCUGUAUUAUAUCCAUGCGCAACUCGAGGUCGAGCUGGAAUUCAUGGGCCAGGGACACUACCUCAAGCGCUUCAUCGAGCUCUUUACGAUUCCUCGCGUGCGCCGUGCCACUGUGGCUUCGUUUGUGGUCAUGAUCGCGCAGCAGAUGUGUGGGAUCAACAUAAUCGCAUUCUACUCAACGAGCGUGUUCCGAGACUCUGGAGCCGACGAUAAUCAAGCCCUGUUGGCGUCGAUGGGCUUUGGAUUGGUCAACUUUAUCUUUGCCUGGCCCGCGAUAUGGACGAUAGAUACCUUCGGCCGACGAUCUCUGCUACUUUUCACGUUUCCUCAGAUGGCAUGGACGCUACUUGCAGCAGGCCUAUGCACACUGAUUCCCGGCACAGGCGGAGUUCAUAUGGCCUUGGUGGCCUUGUUCGUUUACCUUUUUGCAGCCUUUUACUCGCCUGGUGAGGGGCCUGUGCCUUUUACCUAUUCGGCCGAGGUGUUUCCUCUAUCACACCGUGAAGUGGGUAUGUCGUGGGCUGUGGCAACAUGUCUGUUCUGGGCGGCGGUGCUGUCCAUCACUUUCCCGCUGAUGUUGGCGCGGUUGCAUGCUAUUGGUGCCUUCGGGAUGUAUGCAGGCUUCAAUAUCGUGGCCUUGGUAAUGGUUUUCUUGCUGUUGCCCGAGACGAAGCAGCGGACACUGGAGGAGCUGGAUUAUAUCUUUGCAGUGCCAACACGCGUCUUUAUGAAAUACCAAGUCACCAAAGUUCUGCCCUGGUGGUUCAAGAGAUGGAUCUUGUUCCGCCGGGAUGUAAGAUUGGAACCUCUAUACCAGUUUGAUACGGUCGGAGAGCCUGAGGACAACCACAGUAGUGACUAUGGAUACGAAAACGACAAAGCGAAAGUCGAGUUGAAGGAUACAAUUGGACUCACGUCAGGCGCUCGGGCGACGAGAUAA